AGGAUAUCGAAGUGAUGUGAUAUCUUUGAUUGUUGUCUCGUGGGAACCGUAGCAAGAUCAUUACCUGAGAAGUUGACUGAUUUCAUAGAGAUGCUUAUUCUUGGAGGCGCUGGUUAAUAUGCCUUGUUGUGGUGGUGAUGAAAUGGCUUCACUCAAACCAGGCGGGGAUGAAGUCAUGAUAUACGAGCCACAAUGACCCAGGAAAGCCUUGAAUACCCGUCGAUUCCGUUUAAAUAACCUUCUUGUUAGCUCCUAAACCGCCAAGUCUCUUGAAUUGUAUCAUCCUUCUUUAGCAUCGCCUCAACACACGUCUCUCACCAACCUCGUGCUCCAUCCUAUUCCUAUCAUUGGCUCAUCAACAUGACCCCCAAACCACGACAACAUCUUUAACAAGUCUCGCUCGGUCCUCAAUUCGAUCAAUUCCACCCCCUGCAUCGCCCCGUUUCUUCACCAGACAAAGCCAAGAUCGUAUUUGACGUCUCGCCUAUCGAAUCAUAGCUUCGCAAGGACGCACACUUCUUGCGGGAGGGCGGAUAGUUUAACCGUUCCUUUGGGUGUUUAAAGGGAGCUUGGGACCCACGAUCAUCCGUCGACUGCAGCUUGUGUAUGCUUUGACCAGUGCUUAUCGACCUUUUGUUGAUGGUUCUCUUGCUUGAUCAUGGAUUGAGAAUAUCGCUGUCGUGGAGACAGCAGCUAAACUCUUGAUACUCUAUUAUUGUUGUUAACCUGAAUGAGAUGGCGGUGCUUCAUCAGUAUGAUUACAUCUUUGCUCUUACUGUUAUCUUUGCCUGCCUCGAUGCUUGGAACAUUGGCGCCAAUGAUGUCGCCAAUUCGUUUGGCACAUCGGUCUCUUCGAGAUCGCUGACCAUGAAGCAAGCAAUGCUCGUAGCAGCAGUUUGCGAGUUCAGUGGCAGUGUAUCAGUCGGGUCUCGAGUAGCGGAUACCAUCCGAACAAAGAUCGUCGACCCUCAUCACUACGACAGUUCACCUGGCGUCCUACUGCUUGUCAUGAUGUGCACUAUCAUGUCAUCUUCGCUCUUCCUCACAUUUGCGACUCGGCAAGGAUUACCCGUCUCGACGACACAUUCACUUAUCGGAGGACUCGUUGGAGCAGCUACGGCGUCGAUAGGUAUCACGAAGAUCAAUUGGGGAUGGCAUGGCGUGUCGCAGAUCUUUGCGGCGUGGAUCAUUGCGCCGUUGAUCGCGGGCUGUAUGGGAUUUAUGCUGUUCAUGUUCACCAAGAAGUUCAUCUUGACGAAACAAACAGCUGUUAGGAGGGCAUUCUACUCCAUCCCGUUCUAUACCUACUUGACAGUAGGUGCACUCACGAUGCUUCUCGUCUGGAAAGGGAUUCAUACUAUCAACUUAUCUACUCGAGAUAUCGUCAUCUCGGUCUUUGCUACAGCUACCGGAAUGACUCUCCUCCAGAUCUUUUUUCUGCUCCCCUUUCUAUGGACGAGAAUCAUGCACGAGGAUUGGACUCUCAAAUGGUACCAUGUCUUUCAAGGACCGCUUCUCCUCUGGCGAUCACCACCUCCGCCGACUCCAGCUGGAUUCACCAAGCCUCGCAUCAGAGACUACUACCAGGGACAUCUCACACAGGAGGAACUCAACCAUCUACGUACCUCCGAGACUCUCCUUCAAUCGAUUCAGACGCCAGACGGCCAGUUACCCGACCUGGAUCGCGACGAUGAAUGGAUUCUCCCACCGCCAGCUCAGACACCCCCCAAAACACCGCCAGGCCGCUUCGAGCCUCGUGCUUCGUCAGAAUUUAUACCUCCACGACCCGACGGCCCAUGGAGCAGUCCAAAAGUAAUGGCAUGGAAAGUGAACCGGGUACUACUCCGCGGACUGGAGAAGGACGUCGUGGCCAUGCAGAAGCGAAACAACAUCCUCAACUGGGACUUGGAAGACAUGCACGCUCGAUCAGCGCACUACGACAACCGUGCAGAGUACAUGUAUUCCGCUCUCCAGAUCCUCACCGCCGCAACAGCAUCUUUCGUCCACGGCGCAAACGACGUCAGCAACGCAGUCGCCCCGUUCACAACAGCAUACCAAGUGUGGUCCAGCGGAGAAAUCCCCGAAUUCGUCGCCAUACCGAUCUGGAUCCUCGUGGUAGGCGGUGCAUGCAUCGUGGUAGGACUAUUGACCUACGGCUACCACGUCAUGCGGACGCUAGGCAAUCGUUUGACACUCAUAUCGCCAAGUCGCGGUUUCUGCAUGGAACUUGCGAGUGCAAUCACUGUGCUCAUGGCGACGAGGCUGUCUUUACCCGUGUCUACUACGCAGUGCAUUACGGGCGCUACGGUGGGCGUUGGGCUGGCCAAUGGGGAUUGGAGAUGUAUCAAUCCGAAGCUUGUGCUUUGGAUUUACAUGGGUUGGUUAAUUACGUUGCCUGUGACGGGAGUCAUUUCGGGCUGUUUGAUGGCAUUGAUCAUCAAUGCGCCGAGGUGGGACGGGUGAUUACAUCGAAGUGUUUGUAUUUCUGGGCUUAGCGAUGAUACCUAUUCUAUAUGCUUGUUUGCGCUUAUGAUAAAAUGACUAUACUUAGAAGUAUAUACUAGAAACCUUGAUUGCUUGAGACUCAAUUAACUCAUGUCAGAAGAGACCAA